UAAGUUAAAUGAGAAGUCAGAUGUCUACUCCUUUGGAAUGCUGCUUCUGGAGUUGAUUACUGGAUGCCUACCUGUGAAUAAAAUUAAGCCUUCUGAUCCUGAUUAUGAAAACCUGGCUGUCAAGGCAAAACCGAUGCUCAGAAAAGCUGUGAAAGACGACAACAUAAACGUUGUUUACACCGAUCCAAAGUUACGGAAGAAAUCCGACAACAGAGAAAUGUUUCGGGUGGUUCAUUGUGCUGCUGCCUGUGCAUGUUAUCCAGCAAGGGAUCGGCCGCAGAUGACGGAGAUACUUGCAGCUCUGGAAGGAAAUCUGGAUGUGAAGCGGCUGACAGAAAAAAUGAAAACAAUGUUAGAUGCAGAAGCAGCAGAACAUAUCUUAAGGGACAACAAGAAACUCUUGGAGAUGUUAAAAGCAAUCGCAGAAGAGGAUCCAGCUAGCUCGAUCGGUUAA